AUGUCAGAUUAUUUGAUAAUUUCUACUGUAAACAAAGACCGAUAUUCCUAUUCACACUUUGGAAUAACCCUAACCAACCUGGUCAAGGACCACCCCAAGCCGCCCCCCCCCAACGCCAACAAUCCUGCUGCCCCGGCCCCCGCUGCCGUUCCGGUUCCUGCCCCUGCCGCCAACCCCGCUCCUCCUCCUCUCGUUGUCGUUCCCGCCGUUCUGGCUGCACCUUUCAACCCAGCCGGCCUCGCUCCCAACACCGCAACCUCAGGUCUAAUCCUGAUUGCCGUCGCCGCCGGGCCCCUGAGCACCAGGCAGGCUCGCGACCUCGCCUCCCGCCCCAUCCGUCGCCAAUUGGCCUGGGAAGCCAAUGUGUCUGGGGCAUUGACCCACCCGUCAUAUGUCCGAGGUGCGCUUGGAUUCUGUGUUGGCACUGUUGCGCCCAGAAGAGAAGCUUUUAAGCAGCAGAAUCAAUUUUGGCAAGAUGACGAUGACGACGAUGAUGAAUACUCGUUUCCUUUCGAUGAAUCAAAAGACCUCCAAGGGGGGCAUGACAACCUGGCUUUGAUACCUCUCCUUUGCACUGUGAUUAUACUCGUGAUAAAUUUUUUGACCCCAGGACUUGAUUUCGAAACACUUGAGGUAAAGCGAGGUAUUACGGCGCUCCUCUUUGACUACCGGUACUCUCCUUUGAACCCGAUUCUAGGCCGCAGAAGACCUGUUGGAUUUGGCUGGAUUACUCAAAAUCCGCAUCUCGACGGUUGGAACUCUGAUACCAUGGCAAUCAUGUCGUCCAGCUUAGUCAAGUGGAGAUCCCAGCUACUCCACGAGAACCCCUCACAGUCCCUUACGGAAGCCGACAAGAUGACACACAGUUUCGACACCGAGGACACUCUCUCCGUGCGAGACUAUCAUUAA